AUGGGCGAGAUUUACAGGUGCGUCGAGACGGUACACGUCUGGCUUGGCGACGUCGAUGCCGAUGAAGUCGCGGUGGCAUUUGCCAACAUACGCAUGGUACAUGCGAUCCCAGCGGCGACCGAGCCCUCCAGGAUGGAGAUCAAGCUUGCAGAUCGAGCCGUCUUGCGUUAUGGAGAGCACUGUGUUGAGUACGCACGCUUCCGAGCAGCUUGGUACUUGGUGGAGAGUCACCUGCUAACUCAGGGCAAUCUGGGAUAUUUGCGACAUUUGCUACGGCGUGAUACAACGGAUGACCUCUUGGAACUGCUUUGGGGAUUCCAUACGGCCAAGUGCUCAGACCCACGAGAUAGUCUUGCAGCUUUGCACUGCUUCCUACCCCAGAGCGAACAACAGAUUGAUCUCCAGUAUGGCCAGAUCGGCUGGAAGGAAAUGCAUCGCCGCCUAGCUGAGAGAUAUAUCAAUAAAGGCACUCUUUCGGCGAGUAGGGUCAUUCUGCGCCUUUUCGCGUUUGGCCCGGCUGCUGGGAGGAGCCUAGACGACGCCGAGUGUCCGUCUUGGGUCCCUGAUUGGUCUGGGGUUCGACAGCUGGGAAUGGCGUCGGGCGACUUGCUUGUGGAUUGCCUGGAAUCAAUAGAUCGCGGCGACAAGCCUUGGAUCGACUGCUCCGAUGAGAUGGGCGACUCGAAGACUGAAGGUCCUUAUUCAGAACCCUACUUGAAUGACAACUUAUUUGGCGUGUUCGGAUCCGUCAAGACUGACUCUGCAACGAAAUUUUCCGCUGGGCAGAAGAAACUACGGGUCAGGUGGUCGCCAAUUCGUGAUGGCCUCUAUGGGAGGAGUGCCGGACUGGUCCUGAGGCUACCGCGAGAACUAGUAGUCAAGAAGGAAAAGUUAUGGAAACACGUACUCUCAUGUCUCGAGCCGAUCAAAGACGAACGUCUGACACUUUCAAGUUGGCGCAGGGUCACGACAUUAUUUGCAUUCAUCCUAAGAAGUAAGGACAUUGUGUCAGAGGACAAAGACCACCCGAGCCGUUGGUCUUUCAAAACGCUCACUAGUAAAAUGUACAAAGCACUCUGGACUGGCUUCGUGAACCCAGAGUCCCUUGCCAGGGAGCAGAUACUGCUACUCACCUUAAUUGGUAGUGUCCUUCAAAGGUUCGCUUUGGUUGUGCUUCAUCCUUUGCCGUACAUUUGGUCUAGUACGGGUUGGUACGAUCGUCCUAGCUUGGAACAAGAGUAUGGUUUGGCGCCUCACGACAUGGAUUUUGGCGAUAUUUUCAUCCCGUUUGACGUAAAGAACCCGCAAGAUUCCCCUCGAGACCGUUGGAUAUUCAUGUACUGCGAAGAACCUCUGGUCGAGGUAUCGAUAUGCUUGCGGCCGAUGUCGCCCAAGCUAGUGUACGAGGUUUCAGAUAUAUCCCAAGACAUGCUGUCAUUACCAUGGGACCAGAUUGCAGCCAUGGUCGGCGGCUCUCAGAAAACCUACAGAGAUCGGCCAGACGAUCCAGAGUUUCCCUAUCCUCCGAGCCACGUUCGAACAGCACGAUUCUUGGGGCCUGCCUACUGUGUCACCAGGUCUAGUGAUACCGUUUUUACUGCUCAAGAGUCUAAAUCCAAAUUUGUGCAAGAAUCAAAAGUUUUGAAAGACUAUAGAGACGCUUGCGCGGCAGGUCUCUGCCGCCCAUUAAACAUUGACAUAGUGUAG